AUGAUAUUAGUAUAUCAAUAUUUUUGUAUUGCAGAAGAACUUGAGAAAUUCUUAACACCAGUAAAACUUGAUCCUGGGUUAGAAACAGUUGAUGAUGAAGAUUUUAGAAAAUUACAGAAAGCUGAAGAAUUGGAGAAAAAUCCACCUAAUGAUAGAUUUAGAUUGGUAUACUUAAUCAUGGUCAUACAUGGUAUAGGUAUAUUGAUGCCAUGGAAUAUGUUUAUCAACGCCAAGGAUUACUUUGAGAAUUAUAAGUUGAAUUCUACCGUGAGUCCAGUAAAGGAAUAUCAGAAGAAUUUCCUAUAUUAUGUUGGUCUAGCUUCCCAAAUACCCAAUGUUUUCAUGUCUUUGGUUAAUUUCUGUUGUCAGUGUGGAGGUUCGGCAUCUGUACGUAUUGUUAUUAGUUUAUUAGUUAUGGUCAUAAUUUUUAUAGUGACAGCUUCUUUAGCAAUGAUUGAUUCUUCAGAUUGGCAAUCUGUCUUCUUUAUUGUGACUAUGAUAUCGGUUGUAAUACUCAAUAUGGCUGCUGGAGUUUAUCAGAACAGUAUGUAUGGAUUAGCUGCUAUUCUACCCAUGAAAUACACUAAUGCUAUUGUCUUCGGAAAUAAUUUCUCAGGAACUUUAAUUGCUGUCAUUAAUAUUAUCUCAAUAUCAGGAGCACCAAAUAUCAGAACCGCUGCUAUUUAUUACUUUGUUGCUGCUAUUGUUAUUCUGUUGGUUGCUUUUGACGCUUACUUUAUUCUACCUCUUACAAAAUUCUAUCGUCAUUUCUGCACUAUCGUUGAGUUAAAACAGGCAGCUAUUACAGAAAAGGGUGAUGAGACAUGUUUGACAGGAUUGAAACGGUAUUGGUUUGUGUUUAAAAAGAUAUGGGUAAUGGUAUUUUGUGUAUGGUUUGUAUUUUUUGUCACCCUGGCAUUAUUUCCAGCUAUACAGAGUGACAUACGUAGAAUAAACUUCCCUAUCAGUGAUGCGUAUUGGGCACCCAUAUUCUGUUUCUUGAACUUCAAUUUCUUUGCCAUGUUGGGAAAUUUUGUUACAGAAUUCAUCAAAUUUCCUGGUCCAAGAUUUGUGUGGAUACCAGUUUUACUGCGUGUACUGAUAUUUAUUCCCAUAUUUUUGUUAUGUAAUUACUUACCACGUGGUACCAUCCGUGGUAUACCAGUCUAUAUACCUAAUGAUUAUGUCUAUAUAGUCACAGCAGCUUUAAUGGCAUUUACAAGUGGAUAUUAUAGUAGUUUGGUUAUGAUGUAUGCACCAAAAUUGGUCGCACCUGAGUAUGCUGGAACUGCUGGAAUGAUGAUGGCACUAUUUCUGGUAUUAGGUAUUUCGUGUGGGGUGAAUUUCUCUAUUGUUUUAACAAUGAUAGUAGAGAAAAUACAGAUAUAA